UGGACAAACCAGUGGGUGAAGAGAGUUCGAUGUUCACUUCUAUGGAAGAUUUAGAGGCAUUUCUUGGUAGUGUCCCUCAUAAGAUUGAGCAAGCUCUUUGUUCAGAAGAUGCUGAUCUGGGGACUUUAGCUGAACGCUUGGUUGGCUUGUCUGUCCAUGCUCUGUUGGUUAAGCAUGGAAAGAUUGCAGUGAGGUACUUUGAAUGCAAGGAAGCAGAAGAUGCUUCUGGCACAAAAAUUAGCUGUGAACUUUCCAAUAUUCUGUUGAAGUACAGAGGAAGUGAUUCAGCAUCUGUUGCAUCGGAACAAAACACAAGACACAGUACAUGUUACAAAAUUCGAGAACACGAACUUCAGAUUUUGCUUAGAAUGGAAAUAAUCAAAUCUGAACUUGGAUCUGCUAUAGAGGAAGGUUCAAAGCAGAAAAUGAUAAAAGAGAUCUGCUCGCUUUUGCAGUUUAUUGAUAUCAAUCUCCAAUGGGAUUCAUUUCAGUCUGACAGUAUUCUUGAGUAUGCUGAAAAGACCAUAAAGUCCAGGUAUGAUUAAUUUCUGUGCUUUCAACAUCCCAAUGUUGUUUACUAGAGACUAUCUUUGUGAAUAUUAGUGACUUUUAGUGUUGGAGUUCAUGUAAUUUUAUUCAUGCACGGUGCACUGAAAGUUAAACUUGCUACCAAUCCUAGGAGAGGCAAUUUCAUUUAUGCACAGCAAAAGUGCAAAUCUGCCAUUUAUUUGAAAGAAAAGUCCAGUAUCAGGUCAAGCACAAAUUCAUUUUAAUUUGUUGCACACUUCUAUAGUGCACAUU